AUGCGGGGCAGUAGCGACGCUACGACCGCGACUCCGCAACAAACGGUGCACAAUAUGGGGCUGGGAGGGCUCAGAGUUGGAGCCCGGGCAGAGGCAGCCCUUGGAGUGUCUCCGAGGGCGCUUCUCUUUGGCCCGUUCAUUCCCUUUCUCCUCCGAUCCGGUUCGAUCGCAAACCGGAUGUGUUUAUUGCGCAUUUCGCCCUAGGCCUCGGUCCGCCCCCUUCUCUGCGCGUCACGUGCGGGUCGGGCCGGUCAUGUGACCGUUGAGCGCGUGGCGGUGGAACCCGGAAGAGGCCGGGGCUCCUUGGCGGCUUCUCUCUGUCUCUCAGGUUCGGGAAGUGGGCAGGCCUGGCCUCUGAGCAUGGACAGAGCGCCUCUUUCCCCGCGGGGUGGGGGGGCUUCUGCGUUCUGCCGCCUCACACGCCGCCCUCUCCUCGCCGGACUUUAGCCCGAGGGGUCGGCCCGGAGAGGGAGCCCGAGAGCAGAGGGGCCUCGCUCUCCCCCCCACGGCCUGGGGAGCCUCGUUCCUGUCCUUUUCCCCACCUCGGGUCAGGCUGCAGAGGCAGUUGGGCUCCCUGGGCUCACCAGUGGAAUUGGGGCGCGGCCACUACACGCAAGCAGUUUCUUGGCUGGGUUUCUUCUCGUUUCCUUUUCAAAAUCUUGCCCUUCCUUCAAGACACAGUGCCGUGUUCAAGGGGCAGGACCUCACAACAAACCUGAGAGGUAGGCUAUCCUCGUCGGAUCUUUAAGCCACCCUUGCCUAAGUCCUACUCUGACCCCCUUCAGCACUGCACCAUCCUGGCUCUCUUGUUAAAAUUGGAUGCUGGGCACUUAUCAGCUGCUGUGGGUCACAUGACUUGGGCAGCAGACUUCAUACGUUAAUCCAGUUCUUAAUUUUAGAGUGAAGGAAGCCACGCCUGGAGCAGGAAUCACAAGACAUCACACACAGAGAGAGAGAGAGCUUCAAAGAAUCUUGGUUUGGAAGCUUCAGCUAAAACGUUCUUCAGUCCCCAAACUGGCAUCCAAAUGGCUGCUGAGAUGCUAA